CCGGAAGUGUUUACAUCGCAAGGCUAAGCUAACAAGCUAAUCGAUCUGUGUCCCGUUUUAUCAGCACCGGAGCUCCAGAACUGGUUCUGUUCGUCAGCGAGCCGCACUGUGGUUCUGUAAGGAGUCGUGAUGAGUCUUCAGUGGACGGCGGUCGCCACCUUCCUCUACAUCGAGGUCUUCCUCGUUCUCCUGCUCUGCAUCCCCUUCAUCUCCCCCAAGAGAUGGAGCAGGAUCUUCAAGUCCCGUGUGGUCCAGACCAUCGCUCUGUACGGGAACACCUGGUUCAUGGUGGCCAUCGCCAUCCUCGUCUUCCUCCUCAUCGAUGCGUUCCGUGAGGUCAGGAAGUACAGCGUCACAGACAAGGUGGACGUGACCAACAACCCGACGGCCAUCGAGCACAUCCACAUGAAGCUGUUCAGAGCUCAGAGGAACGAGUACAUCGCCGGCUUCGCCCUGCUGCUCUGCCUAAACUGCACGAGGCUGGGAUCCAGGUGCCAGAGGGUGGGAAACCAGGAGCUGGACCCCAGGAGGAGAACAAGACCCUGAAAGAGGAGCUGAAGACCCUGAAGACAGAGCUGGAGACCACCAAGAAAGCUCUGCAGAAGUCAGACAGUGAUGUUUGUGCCAUGAAGAAACAGGCUGAGAACCUGACGCUGGAGUACGACCGACUGCUGGAGGAGCACAGCAAGCUGCUGGCGAGCAGCGAUAAGAAGUCGGACUGAGGAGGAUGAAGGUCGUGUCCAUCUCGUCAUCUUCAUCACAUCAGUCUGAUGGUCUUCAUGGUCCUGCUGGGCAACACGUCUGCGCUGUGAUUGGAUGAUCAGGCUGUCUGUCAAACUCUCUUCCUGUUUACGUCUCUUAUCUGAAGUGUUGAUUUCUGACCUGCUCAGAUUUUUGUUAUUCUUUCUGUUUUUCUGCGAGGACACUUCCUGUUUCCUGUUUCCUGUUUCUGCAGAGCGAAGCUUUAAUGUUUCUGCAGGAAGUGGUCAGCUUCCUUUCAAAAUAAAAGCAUCUUUUGUAACGUUUGACACUUUGCACAAGUUAAAUAAAACGGAUGGUUUGUACUGAAGUCUGAAGCUGUCUGGAGUUUAGUGGACCUGAGUGUUUGGAUCAGAACCAGACUCURGAGCCUGUUCUGGAUCAGGUCUGGGGUUUGAAACUUGACAAACUGUAUUUCUGUUGGUUGAUCAGACUUUUAUUGUGUUUGUAAGUCAGAAUAAACAACAUAAACAACAAA